AUGGCCAUGUCCAUGAAGUCCAUGAACCUCACCGUGGGCGAGAAGAAGGAGGACUCAGACAUGCAGGUCACUGGCGAGUACAUGACAAACUAUUUGAAAGAGAUGGAUGGCGACGAUUCGCAGUUCAAGGAUAUCAAUGCUGCGGUGGUGCCACUUUCCACAGGAAGCAGCCCUCCACGCCUGCAACCAGCAGAGUCCAUCUUGAAGGCAGAAGAGAUGAACGAGAAGACCGAAGGUGAACAGCGAAGCCACAAUCAAGGCCAAGAUCCGCGAGUACCUGGACCUCACUUUGCCCGAGUGCUAUGUGUGUCUGCCUUCGACUACAUCCUGCCGUCCGCCUGGAAUUUGAUCCCCUUCAAGGGACAGGUCUUGAACAUGAUCAGCGAAUGGGCCUUCAGUCAGACGAAGGACUGGGAGAGCGAACUCAGUGAGUUCGACUCAGUGAGUUCGCCUGGGCUUCGUGAUGCUUCGUGA